AUUUUUUAUAUUGCGGAUGGAUUUAACUGCGAUUUUUUGAGGUUUGAGCCUUUGAGGAGUUUGAGGACUUUGAGGUUGAUUGUUGAAAUGUCAGUGUAGUUUAUUUAUUUCAAAUAUUUUUUAUUCCUUUACCUUAUAUUAAUAGGUACUGAAAAUGCGCAGUGAAUAUACUCAGAACAAUAUAAUUAUUGUAUGAGUAUGUUUUUGAAUAUAUACGUGCAAUAAUAGGUUGUAAUAAUAAUAUGGUAAUUAAAUGUUAGAAUUGGUAAUGCUUGCAUAACAUGAUCGUGAUCCCCGGCUACUUUGGUUUGUCAUUUUUGCGUAAAUAUGAAUAGUUUGUAUGCAAAGUUUUUGUUAAAUACGUGUAUGAAAUUAGAUCUGAACAUUAAACGUAAAUUAUUGUUGAGUAACCUUCAUCUGAAUCAAAGUAAACCUGCCUGUCAGCAACGAAACUUUAGAACUACAUGCUAUCGCUAUUUUAGCGCAACUGACACUGAAUAUGCACAUAGAGAUGGCAUGACACUCAUCCCUUCGCCGCAAGAAGUCACACUUAUCCUGCGGAAAAAUGAAUUUAAUAAAGAAUUCACACAAGGUUCAAUCAAGUCGUACGACUCCAACCAACUUGCUUCAAAUGACCCUAUUGAAGAUACCAGAGCUGAAGGAGUCUGCACAAUGUCUUCGGGGAUGCUCCUUGGUAUAUUUGAUGGCCAUGGUGGGCCACAAUGCGCCCAGGUGGUGUCAAAGCGACUGUUCAACUACAUAGCAGCUGCCCUCCUACCAGCGGAUGUUCUUAUCAAGUUUCGAGAUGGUGACAUGUCACCGGAGAAAUUGGUGGAAACUUUUAACAAUAAGAUGCAAAUGGUGGAAGAUUUAAGGAAUAUACAUCUUCAUAGUUUCAAACAAUAUUUGUCGGAUCUUGUAGCUGAGCCUAGGGAAACAAAUGUUCAAGCUUCUUUAGAAAAGGCAAUAAUGAGAUUGGAUAGUGAUUUGUCAAAAGAAGUAAUUAAUGCUUACAAGUUGAAUGGUGAAGUGAAUUACAAAAGCUUAUCUGUUGCCCUAUCUGGGGCCGUGGCAUGUGUCGCACAUAUUGAUGGUCCGCAUCUCUACGUAGCUAAUGUGGGGGACUGCAAUGCUGUGCUGGGCACUAUGACAGACGAUAAUGAAUGGAUAGCCAAAAAGAUAACCAAAGAGCACAAUGCAGAAAACUUUGAUGAACUAAAACGAAUUUGGAAUGAACAUCCUGAUAGCGAAAGAAAGACUGUGAUAAGAAGGGACAGGUUGCUCGGCGAGUUAGCGCCUCUUCGUAGCAUAGGUGACUACAGAUACAAGUGGCCGGCCGAGCUACUCGAAAAGCUAGCUACGCCAUUCAUGGGGCCCAGGGCGGUACCUGUAAACUAUUAUACUCCGCCGUAUCUUACAGCAAAGCCUGAUAUUUACUAUCAUCGAUUGUCACCUAAAGAUAACUUUUUAAUAAUCGCUUCAGAUGGUCUUUGGGACAUGAUGACUCCUUUGCAAGCUGUCAAAUUGGUUGGUGAACACAUGAAAGGAAAAGUGUUUUUUAAUCCUUUGAAUUUGCCGAAAAAGAAUAUUCAACUAGGAGCUAUUGAUGAACUGUUGACGCACAGAAAAGAAAGUUUGAAAAGCAAACCCAAAGAUAAAAAUGCUGCGACACAUCUCAUCCGCCACGCCAUCGGAGGCACAGAGUAUGGAGUGGACCACUCGAGGCUGGCGCACCUGCUCACGCUGUCCCCCGACAUCUGUCGCACGUUCCGGGACGACAUGACGGUCACCGUCGCUUACUUUGAUCCUGAAUAUCUCAGACAAUGUCCAUCAUAACGUUAAAUCGAAGUUUUGUGCCUUUCUUCGGUUGUAUUUUAUCGAGACGCCUCAUUAGCGUGACUUAUAGCAGUUUUCACCAGACACCACUGAUCUAUCACUUAACUAAAAAUUACUGAACGUGACUUAGCACCUAAACUAACCCCUUACUUGUACUGUUAAGUGUCACUUAUAGGUUGGUGAAAAUAAUAAUAACGUUAAAUGUCACCCAUCUUAAAAGAUUACUUUAAAUUUAGGAGAGGUUGAUCCAAACAAGCAAUAUUGCUUCAGAACAAGCAAAAAAUAUUAGUCAAUUUAGAAUGUUGGUGGUGUAGCUAUAUAGAAAAUACAUAUGGAUGGAGUUUCUUAAAAUUUUUGUGUGUUCGUACAAGUAUACAAUUUGGAGCGAGCUGGUAUGAAAGGUAGACUGACGGAUAGUAUGCGGGUUUAUUGAAACAAAUGAUUUGAUUUUGAGUUUAAGAGGCCAUGACCCAACACAGCGAGUGCCUUCUUUACGCGCUUUCGCGGCGUCUCGGUGACAUGUUAACCAAAAUGCAAUGUUUUUUGCCUUUUUACAUUAAAUCUAAGAUUAUUUUAGUAUAAAAAUUAUAUUUGUGUGUGUGUUUGUGUAUUUAUGAUCAGUACUUUACGUUAUUAAAGUAUAAUUAUUGUCGCUGGCGCCUAUAAAUUUAAGUAAUUUAUUGAAUUUUACAAUAAUAGUUUGUAUUUGAAGUAGUCAAUAUAAAUUGGUGCAUUUAUAUUAAAAGAUAUUCUAAUGUAUAUUUUAAAGUUUCAUGUAAACUGUAUAUGAAGUUGCUUUUAUGUAACUUAUCCAUAGGUUGUCCCGAUUUGUCUACCAUCCAAUUGUAGAGGUCUCUUGUCAAGUGACCUAUACAAUAUAUUGUUUAGAUUCAAUUGUAGGGUCUGCGCACACAACGUUUUUUUUAUUAGUGAUCAGUGGUUUUGUUUCAACAUGGGGUUGAACAAAUUAUUAUAUAAGCACAUUAUACCAAUAGUAAUAUUUGCGUAUUUAAGCGAAACGCCACUGAAUAUGUAGGAGACAGAAUAACAGGGCUCACUGUUAUAAAAGUUAAAAUGUAAAAUAAUAUUUUCGACGUAUGAAGGAAUCCAAGAAGAGGCUAGAUUUAUAAUUUCAUUGAAAUGUCUUUUACAAUAAUUAUUACAAUUUAAUCAGCACAUGUUGAGGAUCCUUUGUCGUCGAUUGUAUUCAGUAACGUAACAAAAUUACCGAUCCGAUAUCAAAAGUAAAGCAAUUCGUACUGUAGAUGGAAAGUAAUACAAAAUAUCUCACAAAAAAUAAAUACGGGUCGUUUUGAACUUAUCUCAAUUACUUGUGGUUUAGUCAAAACUUAUAAAUUUUGUAAAUACAUACACAAUUAGGUACUUAUUAAAUUAGAAAUACUCAAUACAUGUGAUAAAUUAUCGCAGAUUGUAAAAGUAAUACAAUACAUAGCAAUAAAAUAGCAAUUUCUAAAUAUUCUAAAACACAUUAUUGUAAUGUAAAAAAAUCAUGAAAGAAUGUAUAACUUUCUGAGGUUAAUGUUAAAUUGGAGCGAGUUGAAUAUACUUAAAAUGGCUUACCUUUUGUACCUAUAUUCUAAAUUAGAGAUAUACAGGCUGUUUGGAAGGUUGAACAUUUUUUAACAAAUUUUUAUGUAGUUCAAUAAGGUAAUAAACCAAUCUUGUUUAAUCUUCCAAACACCUUGUAUUAUUAUUAAGUACUUAAAUAUGGAAAUGUCAUUUAUAUAUCAAUAAUUCCUAAGUGUAGCAAAUUCAUUUGAUAAGUAGAAAGUCCAUGAGACGGAUCAUGAAUUUGUGACUGCCACGCUAUAUUAGUAAGAUUUUUCUGGAAUUUGAUGAUAGUUAUUUGUGUAUUAGGUGACAAUUAUGAUUACAAAGGGCCAUGGAAAUAAAAUGGUGUUGUAAAAGGAAAAUAUUGUUGGCUUCACUAUUGCCGUUUUACCACCGAUUUCCUUACGUAAUUUUUGCUUUGUUAGUGUCUUACAAAAAGUCUAGUCUGCCUUUUGUGUUAGUUAAUUAUGUUGUCCUAAACGACUGUCCUUUAUAGGUACGAGAUAUCUAGUGGAACGGACGUGGAUUGAUUUCCUAUAAUAUUAUACUAUUUUAUUAGUGAUAUCAACAAACUAUUAGUAGGUAGUUUUACUACAUAUAUGCACGAACUUCACAUAAUAUAUAUCUUACUCUUUUAUUCUUACCCAUUGAAGUGAAAUAGACGCUUUAAAUCAUUUUGUUGUCUUGCCAAAUUUCUGAACCUAAUUAUUUACAUGAUUACCUGUAGCUACUUACAUAUUUUAUUUAAUUAACAGUUGAGUUGAAAAAUAACAAUGUUAGUAUUUGGACAAAAAGGAGUCUCUCGCAAUUAAUUAAAAAAAACAAUUGGGUAAAUUAAAUAUAUUUUUUAAAUUAAGUAGUAACACUUUGAGGUUUAUUUAGGUAUACGGCAUUCACCAAACAAAGUACAUAACUCUUCACAGACAUAAUAUCUGUCUAUACUUACAUAUAAUAAUUAAGUUCAUUUUUGUGUCCAAUCCAGAGGUUCCGAACUUAUUUUGUCUAACGCCCGCUUUUAGAACCAGUUAUGGCGCCCCCAUUUAUUAUCCGGGUAGCAAGAUUAUUUAUUUGUAUUCAUUUACAUAAUCCAUAUUAUUUCGAUACUGGUCUCCAAACGCUGGGCUCUGGUUCUAGUCGGGCGGUGAGCUACCCUUGUUCGCCGUCUGCAGCCCCAUGCUUACUUUAAUUCGCCAAGUUUUAUUUAGUGAGCUAUAAAACGUAAAUGUUAAAUUAUUGAGACCAACUUAGUUUAUUAUUGUGCCACUAGACGGCGCAAAUAUAGCAAGAGGUUUUUGUCCACUCACUGCAGCUGUUUUAAACGUCGAAUGGUGUGACACUAGCUAAUUCCCUAUUGGACGAAGAAUGAGAGGUUCAUACUACCGCCAUCUGGUGAGAAAAAAACAAUAGUUCUCAUUUCUACAAAUGAACAACUAUUUUUGAAUAGUUAGUUUGUUUUUUAAGUCGUACUGACUUUAAUUUCUCUAAGUUUUCGCCAGGGGCUGACUUAUAAAUGAGAAUAAACGUACAAAACCAAAACACUUUAGUUCCCAGUUAAUAUUAAAACUGGAACUAAGCUUACGGAUGUUUACGAAGUGGUGCUAUGAGCCAAAAGGCAUUUUAGGGUUGGCAGUCACUGCUGGCAAAUAACGAUAUGGCACAGCAGUGGGUGUCGGCUGUAGGUGCUCUUCUCCUAAGAGAAUAGAAAACUUAAUAAAUUGGGGGGAUUGACAAAUACGUCAAAAUUUACGUCAACGCACAGCACACACAGCACUAUUUGCAAAAUAAAGGAAUUAUGCGAAUCGGGAUGGAAUGUAAAUGAAAUCUCGUGAAGAAUAAUGAUGAUGUGAUGUUCUAAUAAUCUGAUUUCAAAUUAGUUUAUGUGGCUUGUAAGGUAUGAAUUAUUUUGUUAUUAUAUUAUUUCAAUGCAGAUAUUUUGAUUUUGUUAAAAAGAAAUUAAAUUGGAAAGAAGCAUACGCCUAUCUGUUAUUUUGGCGCCUAUUGUAUUAAUUCUUGUUGUAUGUUUAAUAAAAUUGUUAUGUUUAUUGACAAGACAAAUAAAUUGAAAAUAUACAUUUA